UUCCAGUCUAAGUGGCAUUAAGUUAAUUGUUCUACAUCUCUAUUUUAUAUAUUCUGAGUUUAUACAACAGUUUUCAGCUGUUUAUUCUAUGGGUUUGAUACUUAAAGACUAACUAAAUAAACAGAUUCGUGCUAAAAUUACAUUACAUUGUCGUGGCGCAAACUGAAGAUAUCACUUGUAUUGGGAAAUAUGUACCUCCAUAUGCAAAUAUUGAAAUCAAAGACAAAUUGUUUUCACCAUUACUAUGUGAAAACUGCGAUCAAAAGCCAGAACACACAGUUUUAAUGAACAAUGGACAUCAGCUUUUAAUUAAAAUGAUGUACCGCGAUACUCACAAUGUACCAACCCUAGUUGGCGGAAUGCUAGAGGACAAGGGAACCUAUCGCUUUAAAGAAAUUUAUUUUAGUUGGCUAUUUGAAACACCUGAGGAAUGGUCAUUCAACGAAGUGAAUUUUCCAGCUGAACUUCAUAUUGUAUUCUAUCACACUAAAUAUGGAGAUUUAGAAAAUGCUUUAAAUGCCGAUGAAGGGAUUGCGGUACUAUGUAUAGGGUUUAGGGUUAGAAGACACAAUACACCCAGCGCAUUUCUACGCAUUGUCGAUACUUCGUUGUCGAGGGUUCUUCAAGCUACCAGCAAUACAACGGUACCUAAAAAUGGCAGUGUUUCGUUUUCUGAUUUUCUGCCAAAGGAUUUGAAAUAUUUUUACGGCUAUACGGGUACUAUGCUUGCCACUGAUACCCCUUGGCCUACAACAUGUAAAGCGAAAGUUAUAUGGAUUGAUGUGGAAGAAAGCCUACAAAUACAUCCGGAUCAAGUGCUGGAGUUAAGAAAAUUACGUAAUUUCCAUGGUAAAUCCCAUUUUCCGCAUGCAAUAGAGUAUUCACGGCCAACGAUUCCUGUCUAUAGGUCCCUAGAUCCUAAUGGGAAGGAUAUUGAAUAUGAUAAUGGCCAACAACCAACAGCGAAUGUGUGGUGUCUUAUUGUUAUUUUCUUUUUGUAUUUAGCUGUGUAAAACUAAUUUCUAAGACUAAAGGCGAGAAUACAUAAAACGCUUUUUUGACUGGUUGUAGAUGAGAAUAUAUAAACCGCUUUUUUUGAAUGGCUUAAGUCAUCGGCUGGCUUCUGCGGAAAAGAUCAAAGGAUCGUAGGACCUAAAACUCCUUUAUUCCUCUACGAAGAAGUCAGUCGAUGACUU